UGAAACACUCGUAAGCAAUGCUAAUAAUGUUAAAUACAUCGGGUACUGUUUCCCUCCUUUUUGUAAAAUAAUAGAAAUAAAAAAUGUAUAUUAAACAAAAUUUUUAAAGCUUGCAAGAAUUCAAAAUCAGAUCCUAACCUAUACAGUACACAAAUACGCGCCAAAAUUGUUGACUGAAGAUUAUUUUGUUGAAUAAUUUUUUAAAUACAAUAAAAAUGUUCGAAGCACAUAGUAUUAAUGCUGAACACAAAGAUUUGAUUCACGAUAUCGCGUAUGAUUUUUAUGGACAACGAAUGGCAACAUGUUCCAGUGAUCAGUUUGUGAAAGUUUGGGAUGAAGAUGAACAUGGUAACUGGCAUUUAACUGCAUCAUGGAAAGCACACAGUGGUUCUGUAUGGAAAGUAACAUGGGCACAUCCAGAAUUCGGUCAAGUUCUUGCCACAUGUUCCUUUGAUAGGACAGCUGCAGUAUGGGAAGAAAUAGUCGGAGAGGGAUCAGGCCCAGGGGAACGUGGAAUGCGACAUUGGGUUAGAAGAACAAAUUUAGUAGAUUCUAGGAAAUCCGUAACCGAUGUAAAAUUUGCACCUAAAACUUUAGGCUUAUUAUUAGCCACUUGUAGCGAAGAUGGGGUAAUUAGAAUUUAUGAAGCUCCAGAUGUUAUGAAUUUAAGUCAGUGGACUUUGCAGCAUGAUAUUAGUUGUAAACUUCAAUGUAGUUGUCUCACGUGGAAUCCAUCUUUAUCAAGGUUACAUCCUCCAAUGAUAGCAGUUGGAAGCGAUGAUCCAAACCCGUCAGCUGGUGGAAAAGUUUUUAUAUAUGAAUACUCUGAAAGUAGUAGAAGAUGGGCAAAAACGGAAACAUUAGCUAUUGUUGAUCCUGUUCAUGAUAUUGCUUUUGCUCCAAAUUUAGGUAGAAGUUUCCAUACAUUAGCAAUUGCAUCAAAAGAUGUACGGAUAAUUACAUUGAAACCUACAAUGGAUAGUGUACAAAGCGGUGCCCCUCGUUUUGAAAUUUCGACUGCGGCGCAAUUCUUUGAUCAUGACUUCACCGUAUGGCGAGUGUGUUGGAACAUUAUGGGAACUAUUUUAGCGAGUUCAGGAGAUGAUGGCUGUGUUCGGUUAUGGAAAGAUAAUUAUAUUAACAAUUGGAAAUGUGUUGCUGUCUUGAAAGGUGAUGGCACUUCCGCACAAAGCGCCGAAACGCCUACAGCGGCAACGCCACCCAAUCAUUCGUCAGGGACACAACAAACACCUUCUACCACAAGAGCGGUAACUAUAGCGACAGUCACUGCAGAGAAGCCUACGGUUACAGUUAUGUGCAGCAAUAAAUGGCAAACACCCGUUAUAAAAGGUCGUUUUAGCAAAUCCGUAUGGCUGGGAAAUCCUACUGAACCAACUCCACCUCCACCUCCAAUCGUUGAAUACCCAAAAGCAAAGAAGUAGCUAUGAGUAACAUUACUAAGUUACUUGUACUUAAAAAUAGCUUAAUAUUUAUUUUGUAUUAAAUCUACAAAAGUUAAUAUUUUUUAAACAUCUAUUGCAUUCACAGAAAUUUAGCAAUAAUGAAGUAUUAUAUCACCGUUAACAUUGUGUUAAUGUUAUGUACAUAUAUACACAUGUAAACAGUUAAUUGCUUCGACUGAUUUUAAAGAAUUUUAAUUUUUUACAUUGUUUUACAUCAUUACAUGACAUUAUUUGUA